GGCAAGAGGAGGAGAAGAGGAAAAAGAAAAUGGAAAAUGGGGGGAGAGGAGAAAGAGAAGAUGUGGAGAAGAUAAGGGUUGAAAAGACAUGCAAGCGUUGCAAGCAAACGUACGAUCUGAAAUCUAAUACCCCUUCUUCUUGCAGGUUCCACCCUUCUUUCUUUGUUUCCAGAAGACACGACGACCAAAAGAGGUACUAUGAGCUGGGACCUGACGAUCCUCCCUAUGCUGCCAAGUUCUAUGACUGCUGCGGAGCCGAAGACCCAGAUGCAUCAGGCUGCACCACUGAUUUCCAUGUUUCAUUCGACGAGUAAUUGUUCUUGAUUGCCCUAGACUUGGAUUGUAGAAUAAGUGAAAUAACCUAUGUUAAUAGAUAUAUAUCAUCUGUUAUCAGAUGGCUUUGUAAAUGCAAAAGCUACAAUUUAUUUC